UUCUAUGUAUUUUUUUUUUUAUUAUAAAGUCCUAGUUAUAUAAUUAUGAAUACUACAAUAAAUAUAAACGAUUUUGAUAAAAUUUGUCGAAUUUGUUUAAUAAUCAAAGAAAAUAUGAUUGAAAUAUCAACACGUGAAAUAAUACAUAUGUUAGAGGAAUGUACUUCUGUACAAGAAUCGAGAGAUCUGAAAUUACCUGAACACAUAUGCCUUGAAUGUUCUUGGCAAUUAAAAACCGCUUACGAUUUUAAAAAACAAUGCAACGUAUCACGAGAAAUUUUAUAUUCAAUAUUAAGAAAAGAGGAAAAUUGUAAAGAAAAUAUUAAGACUGAAUUAUAUGAAGACUUUUCAACUAAAACAGAACUAUAUCCAUACAGCGAGGUUGAAACGUUAUUAACCGAAGAUACAAAAGAAAAUUGCAUCGAAACUAAGACUGAGAUAAUUAAUAAUGAAAUAAGUAAAUUAAAUUCAGAGGAUUCAAAUGACUGUGAAAAAUACUCUGAUGAUGAAAUCCAAGGAGGUGACGAUUCAUCUGAAGAAGAUGAAGAAUCAAAUGAUGAAGAUGAAUCAAAACAUACCGAAGAAUCGGAUGACAAUGAGAAUCAUGAAGGUUACGAUCGUAAACAACGAUCUUUAGCUGAUAUUUUGCUCAAGAAAUACAAAAUUUAUGGAUUAACGUGUAAUAUAUGUCAUAAGGAAAUUAGUACAAGAUCUACGUUAUUACGUCACAUGGAAAUUCACGAUCAAAAUCGUGCGCUGAAAUACAAGUGCAAUCUUUGUAAUAAAGGAUUCUAUGCUGAGGAAAAUUUAAAGAAACAUAUAAAUCGUCAUAUGGGUAAAACAAAGCUACAAUGUGAUUUAUGUCCGAAACGAUUUUACGUGCUAAGUGCACUCGGUGUACAUUACAAGUCUAGUCAUAAAAUUAAACCGAAACGUUGUACACGAUGUCCUUUGGAAUUUUACCACCCUUUACAAUUAGAACAACAUGAACAGACUCACGAUGAGAAAAAAUUAAUCUGUGAUGUAUGCGGAAAAGUUUUUCCAAAGAAAAAUAAAUUAACACGACAUAAAAAGAAUCAUACACAAGAUCGACCGUUUACGUGUUCAAUCUGUAAUAAAUGUUUUAAAACAAAGGGCAGCUUACAAACACAUAUCAAAUUACGUCACGAAGAAACGGAUCGUCGUGAAAUGUGCUAUAUUUGUGGGAAAUUAGUACCAGUUGGAACAUUUACGGUACACUUAGAGACACAUAAAGAUCGUAGUGUUGCAUGUCCUGAAUGUGAUAAAGUUUUUGCAAAUAAAAUUAUCUUAGAACGGCAUAUUUACCAUAAACAUACCGAUGAUGGUAGUGCCACGAAAUUUUAUUGUAAAAUAUGUAACAAAGGUUUAGGUAGUAAGGGUACAUUGUCAACGCACAUGCGUAUUACGCACUCGGAAGCGAAAAAAAUUGAAUGUCAUAUAUGUGGGAAAGCGUAUAAAUUGGUAUCGCAUGUUAAUGUACAUAUUAAAAGUGCCCAUAUGGAUAUUAGACCGCAUAUAUGUCAAACAUGUUCGAAAGCUUUUCAUAGUAAGUCUGAAUUGAAAAAUCAUAUGCGUACGCAUACUGGAGAACGGCCAUUUCCAUGUCAUAUAUGUGGUAAAGCGUUUGGAUUUAAAACUGUACUUAAAACUCAUAUGAAAGUACACUCAAAAUAAAAAUUAUCUUUAUUUUAAAUUUUUU